AUGUCUGAUACGAAAGAUCCUACCAUGAAGACAAACUCAAAGGGACACGACGGAGAUCGCGACAGUAUCGCCAACGGCGUCGUAGUCGGAGACGAUAUCGACGAUGCCAUUCUUCGAGCAAACGGACACAAGUCCGAAUUAAGGCGUCAGUUUAGCUGGCUGUCUGCCCUUGGUCUUGGCUUUUCCAUCACAAACUCUUGGGCUGGUUAUCUGAGCUGCUUCGGGCAAAGUCUUUUGUAUGGCGGGCCGGUAGUCUGCAUCUUCGGUCUCAUCGUUGCUUUUGCCGUCCAAUUCACCAUCACAAUCGGGCUGAGCGAAAUCGCUUCUGCCUUUCCUUCCACCGGCGGCCAAUAUCACUUCUGCUACAUCCUUAGUCCCGACAAACAUAAACGCUUCGCUGCAUAUACGAUCGGAUGGAUGUCGACCCUCGCUUGGUGGAUUGUUACAUGUUCUGGCAUCUCACUCGCUGCAGUUACCCUGGGUGGUGUCAUCAAUUUCAUUGACUCGUCAUUCACCGUCACCAACUGGCAGACUUAUCUCUUGUACGUGGCAGUGGCAGUCAUUACAGCGGUACCUGUAUUUGUGGCCUCAAAACGUCUUGCAUGGCUCUGCCAAACUGCGCUCGUGCUGUCAGUUAUUGGAGUGUGCUUGUGGCUUUUUGUUCCAGUGGGCAUGCAUCAGCAUGUGAACAAGGGCCCUUUCCUUGUCGAGACCGGACUAGGAGUCAGUGGGUGGAACUCCGGUACGGCGUGGAUUCUUGGUAUCUCAAACGGCAUGUAUGCCUUUGGAGGUACUGAUGGAGCGAUUCAUAUCAGCGAGGAGAUGGCACAACCGACCCGUCGAGUGCCUCAGGUUAUCAUCAUGACCAUGUUUAUCGGCUUGUUCACCUCCUUGCCGCUCUUCAUUGCCCUCAUGUAUUUCAUGACGGACUUGGAUGUGGUCAGGUCAGCGCCACUUCCCAGCUUGGAACUCGUAUAUCAAGCGACUGGAAAUCGCAAUGUCACCCUCUUUCUGACUAUUCUGCUUCUAAUUGUCUUCAUUCUUUCUUUGCCUUCCCAAUGGGUCACUUGCGGUCGCAUGGCUUGGGCUUUUGCUCGUGAUAACGGAACUCCUUUCCCCAAGUACUUCUCCAAGGUUGACCGCAGAUUCGAGUUUCCAGUGCGAACUACGGCCGCUGCUUUCGUCUUUGUCGUUAUUUAUGGCCUGCUCUAUCUUGCAUCGACCACUGCCUUUAACUCCAUCGUCACAUCAGCCGUCCUGUUUCUGAACAUUACCUACGCUGUUCCUCAAGGAAUCCUCCUUUUCCGGGGACGGAAGGAGCACCUGCCGCCUCGCUAUCUGAAUCUCGGCAUCUUUGGUUAUAUGUGCAAUGCCUUCUCUAUCCUGUGGAUUGUGGCCCUAGGCGUUGCCGUCUGCAUGCCUCCAUCAUUGCCUGUGGCCAUUAGCACAAUGAACUAUACCAGUGUCAUCAUUGCCGGUCUGUUCAUUAUCAUUAUGAUACUCUGGCUUGCGGACGGUCGAAAGAAGUUUGAAGGUCCAAAUAUUGAUUGGGACCUCAUCAGAGAAGCAAACACCCAGAUGCUUCAUGAGACUCAUCGUCGCCAUCAUCAUCAGGGAGAUGUGUAA